AUGUCUUUAAUACACGCUCUCGUUGCGGCAGGUCCAACCAUCCUGGCAGAACACUCAGCGGGCAAGCGAGACUUCUCCCAAGCAACCCAGACCAUCCUCUCCAAAAUACCGCCAAAUAAUAGCAAACUAACUUAUGUUUGGGAGCAAUACCUCUUUCACUACAUUUCUGAAGGCGGAUUCACGUAUCUAGUCAUGGCCGAUGACUCUGCUGGACGGAGGAUGCCUUUCGCCUUCUUGACCGACUUGCAGAGAAAGUUCACGUCAGCCCCUUCGUCUUCGGCUGCUUCAGAUUCACCCGCCUACAGUCAACAGGGGAGCUUCGGGCCAGUUAUCGCCGAUCUCAUGCACACAUACAACACCGCUCCUCCGCCCGAUGAACUCGUACGCGCCCAAACGGAGCUUAACCAGGUUAAGGACAUCAUGGUUCAGAACGUGGAGCAGAUAUUAAGUCGAGGCGAAAGGAUAGAGCUUUUAGUUGAUAAGACGGACGUUAUGGCUGGUCAGGCCACCGCUUUCAGACGCGGCGCUCGCACAGUGCGCAGACAGAUGUGGUGGAAGAACACGAAGAUUCUGGCUCUAAGCGCAGUAGUUGGACUGGUCCUCAUGUGGAUCUUGGCGGCCCAGUUCUGCGGUGCGGGGUUGAACCAAUGCGGGAACAAGCCCUCCGCAACGUAG